AUGGAUAAUGGGAAUAAUAUUCUAAAAAGAAAUAAAGAAUAUAUCAAAGCUAAGAAUAAAAUAAAGACCCAAGUUGAAAAUAACAGAUUACAACAACUCGGAUUAACGGAAAAUCUACAAACUCUAUUUCAACCCAUAUUAAAAUCUCAAGAGGAUAUUAAAAAGAAAUUAGCUUUAGAAUAUAAACCUCCUAUAGAACCCACACCUCCUAUAGAACCUCAUCAAAUAGAAUAUCCCAUUGAAUAUGAUGGUAUUAUAAUUAGGACAUUAGAUGAUAUAAAUCAUUAUUUUUCAAACCCUGACCCAGAUUUACCAAAGAGCAUUUCACCAAUCGUUGAUAAUGAUGGGUUAUUGUUUAAUGGAUAUAGAAUAAAAUUUGAUCAAUUUUACCCUUCAUUCAAAAUCGAUACAAAAGACUUUAUAUUUACAACAACAGAAGGAUUAAUAGAUUUAAUGAAUGGCGGGGAUAUUGAGAUUGCCAAUCGCAAGGAUUUAGAACAAUACUUAAAAUUUCUCUAUAUGAUAAAGACUAAGCGCAAAACAAAAAGAUUGAUGGCAGUUGAAACAUAUUUAAAUAAAGUUAUUCCUGAUGAAGAGGAAUCAGAUGAUUAUGGAGAAAAUUAUCCACCAAUCAUACAAGAAAUAGAUGAAUUCGAAGAUAUGAUAUCUGGAGAAGGUAUAACUUUUUUAUCCGAUAACAAUGAAGAAUUGCUUAAUAGAUUACGAGUAAUAUUAGCGGCAAUGAAGGAAGGGCAUCGAUCGCACAGACAAUAUAAUGAAGUAAAUUGUAUAUUAAAAAGACUCCUAGAAAAAGGUAUCAUAGAUAAAAAUGAUUAUAAAAGCGUGAUUAAAAAUGUCAAAUAA